AUGUUGAUAAUAUCUUACGUAACUGGUAAUGAUUCUGCUAUCAUUGCUUACCUUCUUCAGCAAAUGCACAAGGCUUUUUCUAUGAAAGAGCUUGGUUCUCUGUCCUAUUUUCUGGGAAUUUCAGUUCAUUCUGAUGAGCAUGGUUACUUCUUAUCUCGAGCCAAGUAUGCAGCUGCCUUAUUGCACAAAGCAGGUUUGCAAGACUGCAAACCAUGCUCUUUUCCUAUGGUUGUUAAAACUGUAUGUUCUGCAGCUGAUUCUCUACCAUUUGCUCAGCCCUUUUUGUAUAGAAGUUUAGUAGGUGGUCUGCAAUAUUUGACUAUCACCAGACCUGAUCUCUCCUAUGCUAUUAAUCAGGUUUGUCCGUUUAUGCAUCUUCCCACUAAUGCUCAUUUUCAAGUAGUUAAGAGGCUUCUUCGAUAUGUGAAAGGGACUUUGUCUCAUGGUCUUUCUUUCAUACCUAGUCCUUUUGAUCUUUCUGCCUUUUCAGACUCUAAUUGGGGCAGUGAUAGUCUUGAUCGAAAAUCCACCUUUAGCUAUUGUGUAUAUCUUGGCUCAAACUUGAUUUCCUGGUCAGCCAAAAAGCAAGCAACUAUUUAUCGAUCAUCCACUGAAGCUGAGUAUCGAGCCUUAGCUCAUACCAUAGCUGAGCUCACUUGGAUUCAGCAGUUGCUCAAAGAUUUUCGUGUUUCCUCUUCUACUAUUCCUGCUAUCUGUUAUCGAUUUAUAUUUCACGAUUUUGUCUGGUUAUGGGUAGUUAUCUGA